UUAGCCCGAAUCCUCAAUUUCUGUGUGCUGUUACUUCACAAGCACAAGAGAUCAGCAACAAGACUUGGCACUUCUUCUCAUUUUUUCUCAAGGUAACUUUCCCCUUCAAUAAUCUUCUCUCUCUCUCUCUCUCUCGCUGGAUUUGAGCUAUGCACAACACUUGUAUAACUUCAACAAUUUCACUAAGAACAAGAGGCUCACUUUCAUUUGCAUACAAUGAUUGCUCACCCCGGUCCAAUGAAAGAUAUCAUUUUGCCUAUUCAUCGCCAAGAACUUGCUGUUGUUGCUGUUCUACUUCAAUGUAUAAAGUGCCAACAAGCCCAAGUUAUUGCUAUAGCUUGUACGGGUUGAGGCAAUCCUCUUUAAUUCAAUGGUCACCUUAUAGAAAAAUGAUUUCGGGUGGUCUGGAUCGGUGUUAUUAUGCGCGAUUACCAGUUUGUGAUGCUGAUAGAAGUUGUUAUUGUGAUAAAGCUUGCACCUUUAAGGAGAAAAGUGUGGGUAGGAGGAGAGGGGGAUUUAGGAAAUGUAUGGUGUUCGAGGAAAGGAGUGAAAGGUAUGAUCUUGGGGGUGUUGAUGAGGCCGAGGCUGUGCUUAGUUUGUUGACUGAGGAUAUUGGGGAGGAGUGUUUUCGUGUGAGAAAGGAGGCAAGAAUAUUGGCUAAGAAACCCACAUUGGAAAAGAGCGAGGAUGGUGGGGUAAGCAAUAAGUGUCGAAAUGAAAAGAAAAGAGUGGAUCUGGGUGUUUUGGAGAGUGAGUCGAGAUGUGAGUAUGCUUCGAUGGCUAGUUUGAGGAAGAAGGAUAAUAGAAGGAGAGAGGAGAGGACUCGGAGGGAAGAGGAGAGGGAAAAAAAUAGAAAAGCAAUGUUACAGGAGGAACACAUGGAUGCUUUGCUGAGAAAUAGAACAGCUAGAGAAAAAGAAGAGAGGGAGACUAUGUUGAGAAAUGCAAGCGAAAAGGCCCAAGAGAAACAGGAGAGAGAAUCUAUGUUAAGUAAGGAGAAUUGGAAGGUGAGGUCAAAGACAGAAGAGAGGGAAGAUUUGUUGAGAAGAGAGGAGCACAGGCAGAAGAUGAGGAGAGAUGGUUCUAGUUGCUCAUCAUAUUACUCCUUGUCUUCAACUGGUGAAUAUGACAGUGACAAUGAAAUUGAGCUGAGCGAAGGCAGAUUUCUGGGUGAGUCGUCGAGUUAUCAUAAAGGGAAUUCAAGCAGUAAUGUCUACCAGGAAGCUAGAGAAGAGGAUCAUAGGCGUGAGGAUCAUAGAGAACACCAAGGGGUUAGUUUGACAAAGAAGAGCACCGAAAAAGAACACUGUUCCGGAUCAAGUAUAGUUGAGUCAGACUUUAGAAAGAAAUCAGAGAAGAAGCUUGUUGAUGUAGUAGAGAAAAAGAUCGAUUUGAGACAAGAAACCUCACAAGAGGAAUCAAAGUUUUCAAUGGCGCAUGAAAGUGACUAUGGACGGUCAUCUGAUUAUUAUGUGAGCUAUGAUGAUAGGAAGGAAAAAUCAACUAGAACCACAAAAAUUGAUGAAGAGAGGAAAAACCAGCUUAUGCAAAGAGGUGAUGAAGUUUCAAAACAAUCUGAGACUAGACUGAAGUAUAAACACUUUGAGGAAAGUCAAGAUAUCCGCAGUGAGGAUGUUAGAAGAUCUUAUGGCUCUCAGCAAAUAUACAGCGGCAAGAGUGAGAUGUCUGCUAAAGUUGGAAGUUCAAGUCAGGAAAUAGUUGAAGAACAUCAAGCAGCAGUUGGAAUUAGCACCAGAGAAGAUGAAUAUCAGAGGCAUUCUCGUAAGGUAGCUGAAGUAUCAGAAAUUCAAGAGACUGAUAUUAGAAAGACAUCCAUUUCUCAGCAAAGGUAUGAAACUAGUGUUAAAGAGGAAGCUUACUCAACUAAUAUUCUUAGCUCGAUAAAUAGUGCAGCAAAGCAACAACAGCAAUAUGAUCAAGCAAGUGGCCUAGUGGAAUCAAGGGGGAAGUCCCAACAAUUGACCAAACAAGAUGGUAAAUCAAUUUUAGAAAGGCCAUCAGAUAAAUUUACAAAACAAGAAGAGAAUGUGAAGUUAGCCUAUGGCUCAUCUUCAGAAUCCAAAGAGCUGCGUUCCCAGACACAUGCCACAAUUAUCAAGAGAGAUAAUUCCAGAAAUAUAUCUGGUCAAUCGAACCAAACUUCAGUCCCUUUCUCUGGGGAUUCUAGUGCGAUUUAUCUAGAAGAUAGAAAUAAGAAUAAAUCACAGACAAUAGUAAGAACUCAGUCUCAUUUACCAGAAACAGGUGAGUUGUCUCUGGGGUCAAAGGUUGGAAGUGCUAAUGAGGUCAGUGAGGGAAGUCAACAAUUUGGUUCUACUGCAUUACAUGGUGGGGCUAAAAGCAAUAGUUCUCAUGGACAGUCUCCAGAGUUCAUGUUACAUGAAGAUAUGAUUGGAUCUGCUGCUCAAUUAGAGAGAUCCUCAGCACACUAUGUUGGUGAGUUUGUUGACCAGGUAAGGAAUGAGAUCUCGAGUUCUGAAAUCCAGAGAGAGAAGGCAACUAAUGAAGCUAAGUUUGUGCAUGAGGAGCAACACCACCAAAAGAAUCUAAUACAAUACAGUUCUGGAGAUUCUCAAUCAAAGGAGCAUGAGUCAAGGCAUGAUAUUCAGCAGUCUGGAACAGAGGGGCCUUCAGAUGAAAUGUGGAAUGUAGAUGAAUCGUCUGCUCCUGAACUGUCUAAGGCAGAAGUCCAAGAUGACACAAGCAAAGCUGGCAAUGCCAUUGUUAAGAGAACUGGAAGGUCCUUAUGGAAUAUCAUUGGGGAUAUAGUUCGUCUGCGGUGGGCUUCACAUUCUGAAAGUCACAGCUCAGGUAGAAAGACAGGCGGAAGGAGCUCACCCAAUCAGUCCACAAGUAGUGAAACAUGGUUUUCUGGUCAUGAAGCAGAGGACAAUGAAGAGGUAACUGGAGAAAAGGAAAAAAGAAGCAUUAAACAAGUAUAUGGCAGUCAUCAAGAGGACAAUACUCUCUCUCAAGUUGAAGAGGGUUCCAGCUCAUCAACUUCAGAGGGCCAUCUCAAGGAGGUGAGAACAAAUGCACCAUCUUCUUCAGUUGUUCCAGGAAGCGAUACACCACCCAUCAGCAUUUCUUUGCCUUCUGAAGGAAAUUCUCGAGCUGCCUCUUCUGCAGCAACAGUUGACUCCUCAAUUCCUUCACCUGCACUACGGCUGCGAAGAUCUCCUAUUGUGCGAGGGGUUUCAGAGACUGGAGAAGCAAAUGCAUCUAAUAAUAGCAUGAGUGUGCAACUAAAUACGGGAUCAAUGGAGCAACCAGAAUCAGCGGUUAGUGAGGAGGAGGCGAAACGAAGGAAGCUUCAGCGGAAUAACCAAGUUGUAAAAGAUAGAUUUGAUGAAUGGGAAGAAGCAUAUAGGCUCGAAGCAGAGAAGCGAAAAAUUGAUGAAAUGUUUAUGAGGGAAGCACUGUUGGAAGCACAAAAAGCUGCUGACAACUGGGAGGUGCCUGUAGGGGCUGUGCUAGUGCACAAAGGAAAGAUAAUUGCUCGUGGAUGCAAUCUGGUGGAACAGCUGCGUGACUCCACUGCCCAUGCAGAAAUGAUUUGCAUACGGGAAGGUUCAAACAUGCUCCGAACGUGGAGGCUUUCUGAAACUACACUUUAUGUAACACUUGAACCAUGUCCCAUGUGUGCUGGAGCAAUACUUCAAGCUAGAAUAGACACUGUUGUAUGGGGAGCUCCUAAUAAGCUUCUGGGAGCUGAUGGCAGCUGGAUUAGGCUUUUUCCAAGUGGAGAUGGAGGAAAUGACUUGGAAGAAACUGAUAAGCCAGCUGCUCCAGUUCAUCCUUUCCAUCCUAAGAUAAUUAUCAGGCGAGGCGUGCUGGCAGCAGAGUGUGCAGAUGCCAUGCAACAAUUCUUCAAGCUAAGGAGAAAGAAGGAUAAGAAACCUGAGGCUCCCUCAUCACCACCUACUUGCCUUCCCAUUUCACACCGUCCAUCAAAGUUCUUCACAAAGAUGCAUGAUGCCUUUCACCUCAUGUUCUGUUUGUGAUUGACAGGAAAAUGAAUUUCUCUUCAAGCUAUAAAAUUGCUCGUCAAUAAGAAAUUCUGCAUUCUGAGUAGGCAGAUUUCUCCUGUACAAGUUCCUUGCUCUUUUAUUUGAUUUUGUUAUCUAUACAUUCCUUUUUUCUGGAGGAUCAAUUUUUUUGGUACACAAAUGACUUAGCAGCAUAU